AAACAAUACACCAUACCCAUCAUAUUUUAAAAAGGAAAGUGUAAAAAAUAUAUGAAAGCAACCGUUCAUAAACCCAAAUAAUGUUUUCCGAGCUGUUGCGAUUAACUGAGGCUAGUAAAGCUACCAGGAUGUAGAGAGCUGGUAAUGUGAAUAUAGAUUCAUGGCCAGAGCGAGGUCUAAAGCGACUGCAGUUUGUUUAUACGUUUUUAUGAAUUAACUAUAAAUAUUCGAACUACCAAUUUUUAUAUUCCUUGCAAAGCAGUUUUGUUAUUGAUACAAAUGUACAAUAGCAAAUCUUAUCAGUCGAAUAAAUCAAAGCAAAUAAGAGUAUGAUAAAACCAGAGAUUAUCUAUGGAUUAGGCAUGUGAUAUAUUAUUAAGUGUAAUGGAUUUGUUCCAUAUUGUUCUGGUUCUGAUAGUAUUGGUUUUUGAAUCUGCUAUAAGCAGCAAUUCGGAGAACCACAAACUCCACCGCAAAAUUUAUGGCACGAUAAGGAUCAUAGGUGGACAUGAAGCUGUACCUCAUGCAUAUCCUUACCAAGUUGGCAUUGUUAUCGAAGGCGUUGCCUUCUGUGGUGGCUCACUUAUAUCCAGAAGUUUUAUAAUUACCGCUGCUCACUGUGUAAAUGGGGUGAACAAAAGACUUUUGGAAAUAAUUCUAGGAGCCCACAGAAUACUCGAAAAUGAAUCCUCACAGAUACGUUUACAAGCCGACGAGGUUAUUGUCCACAAAAAUUUCAACACCGCCAGCUUUGAGAACGACAUCGCACUUGUCAAGCUGUCAAAGCCUGUUGAGUUAAGCCAAGCCAUCAAGACAAUUGCUCUACCAGAAUCUGAAGGUGAUGAUGACACUUAUGACGGAGAAGAUGUAAUUAGCACUGGCUGGGGUUUGACCAGAGACACUCCAGAUGCAACUAUCAACGACAUUUCCGCGGUUCUGGAAGAAGUAACACUUCAAACGACCACUUAUGACAUUUGCAAGGCCUACUUCAAAAUGGACGAAGAAAAAGACGGCGUAGUAUACGUGACACACAAAAAUAUCUGCACAUCUGGAACCGGUAUCAAAGGCACUUGCGAAGGGGAUUCAGGUGGACCUCUGCAGUUUAACGGGACUCUUAUUGGUAUUGUGUCUAUUGGAACGGAUGAAUGUGAGACAGGCAGCCCUUCUAUUUUUACACGAGUUGAUCGGUUCUUAGAUUGGAUCCACCUAAAUGCUGAACUUAGAUAUUAGAGUGAGAGAGAGAACGAAAAUCUGUGAAAACCGUUUCUUGAAUAAUAAGCUGUUUUUCUUUUAUUUUUUUAUUUUACUGAAGAAAAAUACAAUACAUACCCUUUUUAUGCA